AUGGAUUACUCCUCGAUAGCACACGAUCCCGCAGAUCCAACGGGCCCGUCCCCCUGGGACUCUCCACGUGCUGAUAGAGACACCUUCGGUGCCGCCGGGAAUAGUAGUUCUGAUGUCCCUUCUACGCCCUUGCCUCCGAGCCAGGCGCUUUUCGACGAUAACCACCACGCCGAACCCAAUGCGGGGAACGGCCAGGUCGCAGUAUCGGAACCUUCUCCUCGGAGCGCCCCAGCAAACGAGCAUGAAUAUGCCCAGCAGCCGGCCCAACAGCAGAGGCGAACUGAGGGGCCUGCUCGCUACCAAACCGGGGCUCGACAAAACGCAAGACCGCCUGCUCCGGCAUACCGCCUACAGGGCAAGAUAACGGGCCUUGAGAGGACAGGCAAAAAGGACCCUAUUCUUCGCUUCGAUGUAUACACCAAUAUACCCAAAUUCCGCACGACCCAAUACCGAGAUAUUCGCCGCACCCAUUCGGAGUUUGUCAAGCUCUCCGAGCACCUGAUAUCUUCAAAUCCUGAAGCAAUUGUACCCGCUGUGCCUCCUCCUCUCACUCCCGCUGGUGCCGGGACCGACGAAGAUGAGAUCCGCGUCAAGGCUUCAAUGCAAAGAUGGCUGAAUUAUGUAUUCGGCAACGACGUCCUCGUGCAUGACGAUGAAAUUGUUCUCUUUGUGGAAAGCGAUUUCGGCUAUAGCCCUGUUGUCCGUAUGAGGCAGCCAGCGACUGGAGUUCGCCGCAAGGUCAUUAAACAAUUUGCGCCGCCCCCCGACGACACUCCUGAGCUACAAAACGCGCGCCCAAUUGUGAAGCUGUUUUAUCUUCAUUCACUUGAUGCUAGCCAAAAAGUGGAUCGUGUUGUAAAAGCCCGAAGAGGACUUGGUCUUGCAGAGUCUGAUCUUGGUGUCAAACUUGGACAUAUGCAUGUGCAAGAGACACACGUCGGGUUAGGGAACGCCUAUCGCAAGCUUGGGCGAGUCAUCCAGACGGCUGGUGACUACCAUGCUGCACAAGCCACAGCAGAAGCGACUACUCUAGGAGACCCACUGGAGUACCACUCUUCCGACGCUUUUAUUGUCAAGGAAACUUUGACGAACCGACAUAUUCUCCUCCGGGAAUUGAUUCAGGCACAACAGGCGGCUCGCAGCAAGCGUGCUGCCGCAGACCGUCUGAAAGGCAGCUCGUCGGUACGCUCAGAUAAAGUGGAUGAAGCGCUUAGCUCUCUGGAUGAGGCUCUUGGGCAUGAAACAUACCUUACAAAGAAGACACAGAGAGUGACGUCGAAUUUGUUGCUAGAAUCACGACGUUGGUUCGGUCGAACAACUGCGGAUGUUUUAGGAAGUCUUCGCGAAUAUACACUCCGGGAAAUCGAUGCUGAACGCAGGACACUGGCUUUACUGGAGAGUGUACGAGCUGAUAUCCGAGCAAUUGAUUCUUCUGGUGGCCUCAGUCGUCUUGGGCGCGAGUCUCACCCAGCAGUCCGCCGAGCCAGUUUGGCGUCGAGCCAGGGUCCCAAGGGCGAUGCAUGGAGCGGUGUUCCUCGUCGAAAUGAUAGCCUCAAUCGAAAUUUAAGCAGUAGCACAGUUGUUGUACCCAUACCAUCGGAUGAUGGUGUCAAUGGGGACGGUGCUGGUAGUGGACGGACUCGAGCUGUAAGUGGAGUUGGCUCCAUAGCAGAGGAAGAAGACGACGAUGACAGGCUUGAUGCGAGAAAUGCAGCAAGUCGACUCGCGACCAGCACAUUCUAA